GGCAUGACUUUAGAGGAAGAUAACUGACAUAUAAUAAGACUUGAAUAUGUCUAGCAAAAUGUCAAGAUGUCCACAUGUGGUUUCAGUUGAUAGUGUUACAUGGGAGGAACUUAGAAAGAAAAGCAAGACCCAACAAGAAUGUUUUACCUGUGGUGUGAAAGUCAGCAAUCUAUGGCUGUGCUUAGUUGGAGCAUGUCAAAACAUUGGUUGUGGAGAAUCAUCUAAAGAUCACAGUUCUGCCCAUGCUAAGGAUAAGAAACACAGUUUGACUAUAAAUUUAAGUUCUAUGAGAGUAUGGUGUUAUGAAUGUGAAGCAGAAGUCCUCCAUGACAAGAAUAUCCCAAGUUUUGUAAUUCCUGAAAAUUCAGCUAGCAUGUUAAAGAAGAAAAAACUGGAUGAUGUCAGACAGGAAUUUAAUUCUGUCAAUAGUUCGCCUCAGAGAAGUUUAUCAGGUGGUGAUGAAACUGAAUCGGAUGAUGAGGGUGAUAACGGCAGACCUAGGGGUUUGACUGGCCUGAAGAAUUUAGGUAACACCUGUUAUUUGAACGCAGCUGUGCAAGCAUUAUCCAACUGUCCUCCUCUAACAAGAUUCUUCCUAGACUGUCAAGGAUUUAUUAAACCAGAAAAGUCUCCUAUGUUAUCUAAACAAUACCUAAAACUGGUAACAGAGCUGUGGAGCAAAAGGAGACCAAGUUACACCAUUCCCAGUGGUGUAGUAAAUGGUAUCAAGAUAGUUCAUCCAAUGUUUCGAGGUUAUUCACAACAGGAUGCACAAGAGUUUUUAAGGUGUUUUAUGGAUCAAAUUCAUGAAGAAUUAAAGCAACCCCUUCCUCUUACUGAGUUAGACAUAGAGGAACAAAGUGACAAAGAACUUCAAAGUGACCAUGAAGAAAAAUUUCAGACCAGAACUUCAUUUCUAAGACAUGAUAGACAGAUGUCAGUUGACUCCUCAAAUAGCAGCCAAUCAGAUGAGUUCUACGAAACAUGUGAUUCUGUUGCUAGCGGUAACACAGCAUCUUCAAAUGAAAAUUCUGCUAGUAUUGAAACAUUAGAUACAAGUAACAAUUCAAGUAAAAUUAAAGCUAGUCCUAAACCAAAAACUGGAAAAAAUAAUGAUGAAUGUUCUAUUGAUGACAGCCAUAAGUCUAAUAAAGAGAAAAAAGAUUUUACUAAUGAAAGGAUAGCCAUGACAAAAAAUGAAGAAGUGGAAAGCAGUGCAGAUAGAUGUCAGGAAGUCAGAUCACCUUGGAUACAACACAAAAGUGAUCCAGACCUGUCAAAAAUGAAUUCUGUUCCAAGAAGAGGGAAGCGGAAAAACAUACAAUAUCAGAGUGUAAUAUCAGAUAUAUUUGAUGGCAGAAUACUCAGUUCAGUUCAAUGUUUGACUUGUGAGAGGAUUUCAACAACCAAGGAAACUUUUCAAGACCUGUCAUUGCCCAUCCCAAGUAAAGACCAGAUUUUUGUAUUACAUUCUAACUCACAAGGAAGUCCAAUAAAGGGAGGCACCUGUGGGGAGGCUAAUCAGAGCUGGAUGACUUGGAUAAUGACUUGGAUGAAAAGUUGGUUUGUUGGACCUGCAAUAACAUUACAAGACUGUUUGGCAGCUUUCUUCUCAGCUGAUGAAUUGAAAGGAGACAAUAUGUACAGCUGUGAAAAAUGUAAAAAACUCAGAAAUGGAAUCAAGUUCUCGAGGGUAAUGGUCUUGCCAGAGAUUUUGACAGUUCAUUUGAAAAGAUUUCGUCAUGAAUUUUAUUCAACGAAGAUAUCUACCUAUGUAGCCUUUCCUUUAGAUAGUCUUGAUCUCAAACCAUUUUUACACAAAGACUGUACUUCAGAAGUGACCAUGUAUGAUUUGACAGGAGUUAUAUGCCACCAUGGAUCUGAUGGUUCUGGCCAUUACACAGCCUAUUGUUUGAACUAUGUAAAUGAACAGUGGUAUGAGUUUGAUGAUACAUAUGUGACAGAGGUGGAUAUUAACCAGGUGAUGAACUGUGAAGCUUAUGUCUUGUUUUAUAGGAAGAGAAAUGAUCAAAUGGUAUCACUAAGACAGAAAGGAAUGAGACUGAUAGAAGCACAGGAACCAAGUCUGAUGCAGUUCUUUAUUUCGAAACAAUGGAUAAACAGAUUUAAUACCUUUGCUGAACCAGGGCCAAUCAGUAAUCAUGACUUUCUGUGUAGACAUGGAGGCGUACCACCUCAUAAAGUAGAAUAUGUACAAGAACAAGCCAUACCAUUCAAUCAGGCUCUUUGGGAAUUUUUGUACAGCAAGUUUGGUGGUGGUCCAGUCUGCAAUCAUUUGUAUGCCUGCCAGUCUUGUCAAAGAGAGCUGGAUCAAUUAAAACAAAGACAACAGUUGGAAAUGGAAACAUUCAUUGAUUUAAAUGAGAAAUUUAAAGAUGAAGAUAAUCCAAAUGUUUUAUAUGCUAUCAGCAUGUCUUGGUUUAAAGAUUGGGAGAACUUUGUCAGAGGCAAAAUGGACACACCACCAGGACAGAUUGACAAUUCUAGGAUUACAAAUAAUAAGCAAGGUCAGAUGACCCUGAAGGUCAACUCUGAUCAUGGGCAGCUAUCUGAAGAAAUGUGGAAAUUCUUAUUUAAUAUAUAUGGAGGAGGACCAGAAUUAGUAAUCAAACAACAAACACCAUCACCUGUAAAGACCGCUAGAUCAGCGUCUCCUGUCAGGUCAUCAUGUUCAUCUCCUGUCACACGGUCAGCAUCAGUGGAAAGCAAAACAUCUAGAUCAAAAGAUUCAGGGAUUGAGUCUAGUUCACAAAGGUCAGAAAGUUCAGUGAAAGAAGAGACUUCUGAGUUAACUGUACAAAACGAAAGUUGAAGGUUUUCUAGUCAAUUUGGUACAUUUGUUAUUUUUUAUUGUGCAUACUUCAAAAUGUAUAUACAUUACAGUAUUUUGAAAUCCAUCUGUGUUCAGAUGAAAUCCUGUAGAUUGAAUCACAUAAAACUUGUUAUGCAACAACACUGAUUUUAGUCACCUUACUGUAUGAAGUUGUCGUUGUAGUUUCCAUCUGUAUUUAUUUUAGUAAUGAAGGUUAUUGUGAAGAAGUUAUUUCAUAUGUAAACUCUGCCAAUUCAUAUUUUAUGUUAAGUUUGUGAGUAAGUUUGCUAAGUUUACACAUAAAUAAACUCCAUAAAAAUAACCUUUAUUAAUUAUAAUAAAUUGAAUGCACAGAAAAUUAUUUCCAAAUCAAAUUACAUCAACACUUACAGAACUAUAGUGCCUGUGUAGGAAUUCAUACUCAUGAAGUCAUGAAAAGGGUUUAUACAUUUUUGGGUUGUAAUGAUGCACACCAAUGAAAUAAGACAUAACAUACAGCAUUUGAAUUGUUUUCAUUUGUUUUAUAGGGUAACUUUGUUCCAGUUUGUUUAUCUAAAGUUUAUUAGUUGUCCUUGAUACCAAUUGAAGAAUUGGAUUGUUUUUCGAGUUCUGGUCCAGUUUAUUUCAGAAAAGGGGGGAAAGUAGUGAAAACUGGUGUUUUUGUGCUUUUGAUGUAAAACAUUUAUUUUUCAUUCCAUUUUUAUUCAUUUUUUUCAUGAUUUCCUUUUAAAAAUAUCCCUGUCUGUUGUGAAAACAGACUUAUUGCAGCAUUUGUUUUUUUUCUAAAAGCUGUAACAAACCAAUUUGUACUGGCAUUAGAAGUCCUGUUUUUCUAUGAGGGUCUGGAUGGGGUUUUACAGAAUAGAGAAUGGGCAAAAAGUGUAGAAUAAAGGGCAAUGCUGGUUUUGUAUUGUUUUGUUAUGCCUUAUACAUGUAUAUGUCGGUAAAAGCUCAAUAGAGCUUAAGUUAUGUCACUAUGCUGACUCUAAAGCUUAUUUAUUUAUUUAAUAUUUAUGAAAGGGAGACAACUUGUAUUUGAAAUAAGUUAAAGUUCACACAGGUAAUGCUAUUAAGUGCCCUCGAGGUUAAAUUAUCAUUUGAAGUUUCAAAGAUGUAACUAAUCAAGUUGCUACAUAUCCUGUUUUUAAAAUCAAAAUAAGAAAGAAGGUUUCAUGAACUCUCAUUAAUUAAGUUGAUUUUUGUGGAAUUUUUAGACCGUGUGAUGUCAAUGACAGUUGGCUUCCUUUUGACAGUUUGACAGAAUAGCGGGGAAACAGCACUUUUUCAGAUUUUAUUCAAUUACCAGUAUGCUUUCACCCUUUUCUGUACUAUAAAUAUGUAGAACUGGGAGGUUCGAUGUGGACCCUGAAGUGUGAUUGUCCUUUCACUGAUGUGCGAUGGUCUAUAUGAAGUGAAAAAGUUUGUUUAAGGUCUACAGAUGUGCAAUUAUUAUUAGAAGUAGAUUUUACUAUAAGUAAGUAAAUAACUUUGCAAUCUUUUUGUACAUAAAACAUUUAUGCCAUUUCGGUAUCGAUGAGAUGUAUGUGUAUGGUUGAAAUAAAAAAAAUUGUCAACAUCAAUUAUCAUGCUGCAAUACGCUUGUUUUAGACCAUACAAGUUAGGAUUAUGUGAUAAUCGUAUAUUAUUUGAAAAUCAUCUGUAAGUAACCUGCUUAUAUUAUAGUUUUAUCUAUACCUUUAAUGUUCAUCUCUUCAAACAGUGUUUGCAACAUUUGAAAUACAAGAAUAUUUCAUAUUAUGUAAAAAAAACUUUGUCCUUUGUUCCAGUUUUAUGCUAAAUGAGAGAUCAUCUUAUUUAAUUUCGCUGCAUACUCUUGAUGAUUUACUUAAAAACCUGAAAAGCUGCUUCUGACAAAGAAAUAACUCCUACAUCAACAUGUGGACAUAAAAAACAUUGAAAAUGUAGUUAAUGUAAUACAUCUCACUUCAGCAUUACCCUAAAGGGGGAGGGGGUCUAGAAUUGGAGGUAUGUACAAUAUUCAAAUAUAGUUUGUUUACAUCUUAAAUCAUAAAGAUAUUGGCUUACUGAGGUUGUACCAUGCUGUCCCUAGCAUUAUAUAAAGAUAAGUUUCUGUGUCCAAAAAAGUAGGAUUGUAUAUGUAUUGAAUACAUUUAACUUCUAUACAUAGUGGGAUCGUGUUCCUAUACAUUAAUAUUUAUUACUGGAUUAACCAUCACUUUUAUGUCUUUUUAAAUGUGAAUUUUUAAGUUUUAAUAUAUGUUAUUUAUUUAUUUAUUACUUGUAUAUAGAAAUAAUGUUUUUGAUGUAAAUUUAUAAGUUUGAUAUAUUCCUUGUUAGAUAGAGCCUAUCUGCAGUUUUUAAACUUCAAUUUUACUAUUUGCCAUUAAUUAAGGUCCAGUUCUUGUUGUCUAUCUAAAAGCUGGCCAAAGUCUUCUCCUUUAAAGCCAUAGCUAUAGUUUGAAACAGUUUAACCUGAUGUUUUUUCUAUCCAUUAACAAAGCAUUUUAGGAUGCGAGACGUCUUUUCUUUUUACAAAAUAUUUACUUGUGUAUUUGCACAUUCCAUCAAGCAAAAUUUAAAUUCAUCUCCAGGAUUUAUUUAUGGUCACCCUAAUGCAAAUCUUUCCAGAUUUUUUUAAAACCAUUUUAGAGUGAUUGAAGUAUUUUCAUCAAAAUAACUAUGAAACUAAUUCCAUGUUUUUCUUACCUCACCCAAAAGGUCAUUAUUCAAUUUUCUCUUCUCUUAACAUCUGUUAGUCUCUUAACUUAAAAAUCAUCCUUUGAAACCACUAGACCAGUUGCAACUAAUUUGGCCAUAUUAAUCCUACGGGUUUCUACUUUUCAUUUUUUUAUAACCAAUCUUGUCAGCCAAUAUGGCUAAAGUUAUUAAAAUAGAACAUAGUAGGAGAAAAAAACCUAAUUAAAAAAUAUUGGAAAUUCUGUAAGAGGAUGAAUAUCUGUCAAACUUUUGGGAAAUGAUAUAUUAAUGACCUCUUUUCAGUGAGAGUCUAUGAUAGAAAAUUAUUUUUUUUCAAACAAAACUCUUCAAUGUUUGUUACUGUCUCCAUGGAAACCCUAUUGGACAUAAGUUGACAAGAAAAUGUUCAAUUCAACUGUUAUAAUGAAUAAAAUGAUAAUAAAAUAAAUGUUACAUUGUA